AUGUCCAAAGCCACCGACGCCAUCCUGCACGCAGCAAAGAUAGCGCCCGAGGUGCUCAAACUGCGCCCAGACUACCGCGCACUCUUGGUAGUCGUAGAGAACAUCCCCAAAGGCCCCAGCGACAGCACCAGCGAAGCGCUCCUCCAAUCCGCCGAGUCCUCGGCCCGCACAGCCCUCUCCACACAGGCCGUCACCGACAUCCCGCACAUUGCCGCUUGGCGCGACGCUUACAAGAGCUUCGGCGCUAAGCCGAAGAAGGACAGAUGUAGUCUGGAGUCGCUCAUGCGGCGCGCGGAAGGCGGGCUGCCGCGCGUGAACCGCCUGACGGACAUCUACAACGCCAUCAGCGUGAAGCAUCAGAUUCCGUUUGGCGGCGAGGAUCUGGAUAAGUACCGCGGCGCGCCGUGCUUGGUUCGCGCGACUGGGAAGGAGACGUUCGAGACGACGGCUGCGGGGGUGAAGGUCGCGGAGUUUGCGCCGGUUGGCGAGGUGGUGUGGUGUGACGACGCAGGCAUUACUUGUCGGAGGUGGAAUUGGCGACAGUGCUCGCGGACUGCGAUUGAGGAUGGGACGACCAGGGUCUUAUUUAUUCUCGAUGCGCUGGAGCCUUGCAAGGAUGCUACGCUGGAGGGUGCUGUUGAUGAGCUUGUUGCGGUUUUGAAGAGUCUGUCGCCGGAGGUGAGCGCUUCUCGACGUUUGAUCACGGCGUCAUAG